AUGCAAAAGGAUUUAUCGUGUAAGGACACAACGAUCAGCAAACUGACACGGGAAGUAGAAACCCUAAAAAGAAACAUUUGGGAGCAUGAGACCAGUAUGGAAACAAUGACUUCCAAAAUAUCCAAAAUGAAGGAUGGUUUGAAAAAGUUUGAGGUAAACGAGGCUCGAGAGAAAGAGUUGCACAAUAUCCAUCAAAAAUUAAAAGUGGCUGAAGCAAAGCAAAAACAACAGGAAGACUUUAUAGCCUCACAGGCUGAAGAAAUCAACAAGUUAAAACAGACACUGAGUGAGGAGCGGGAAGAGAAGAAAAAAAUGCAGGCUGACUUGGGACAAGUGCGUUUUGAACUUGAUGACAUCACCCGAGCUGAACGAAUGGUGCGGGUUGACAUGGAACAGGCAACAAAACAGAUGGAACGGUUCCAUAAUCGUGUUCUGCAGGUUGCCUUUUCCAUUCCCGGAAAAGGUCUGCCCAAAAAGGAAAUGAACGAAGAUGAUCUGAUUGAGAUUCUCAAGACAAUGGCACAGGCACAAAGUACAGUGAAUGAAACCAUCAAAACUAUGGAAAUAAAAGUUAAAGAGGCUCAACAAGAAAAAGAGGAACUGAUUAAGAAGUUGAAUCAGCUCAACCCACAAAUAUUGCAAUUACUGACACGACUUGAAUCCAGUGGCUUGCGAAGUGCCAACUUGAAGAAAGAGCUGGAAUUGUUGGAGUCGGUCAGUGUGGAGACACCAUUUACUUGGGUGAAGAACCAUUUUAUGAAACUUCUCAAAACAGAAAUUAACUGGCAGUGCAAAAUUGAAGCAUCUUUGGAGAAAUGUGGAGUAAACAUGAAAAUUUCAACGAGUGAACCCAGCCAGCAUAUCAACUGGCUCCAGAACAAAUGGUCUGUUGCUCUGGAAGAGAAUGAACAAUUAAAGAAAAGAAUUGCUAAAAGUGAUGAGAACCACAUGAGUGAAUUACAAAUUGCUUUGGAAAUAAAGGAAAAAGAAACUGUGGAGAGAAUAAAAGAAGCAGAAGAAAAAGCCAUGCUUCAAGGCAAAGAAAACUUAGCCAACGCUGUAGAAGAAAUGCAGAAUUUACAAGUGGAAAAACAAGCAGCAGCUGUUAAAAAAGAGAAAGAAAAGAUCGAAGACCUAAGCAUCACGGUGGAUAAAUUAAAGAAGUUGAUCAAUGAGAAAGACAAAGAAACUCAGGAUAAAUUGGAAGAAGCCAACAAAGUGUUGACAGAGAUGGAAGAGUUAAAGGUUCAUAAAUCUGAGCUCGAAGAGAGACUGCAGGUGGCAAGAGACGAACUCGGGUUGCAAGCAGAGAAAAACAAAAUCCAACUGCAAGCUGAUAAGAACCAACGAGAAAAGGAGAUUUUGACUUACAAAGAGCAGAUCAAGCAGCAUUCGAUAACCAUUUGCACCUUGGAGGAGAAGUUAGCCAAGAUGACAAAAGCCCAUAAAAAAUCUAUGGACCAAGUGGCAACAUUGGAGGAGAAACUGCAUGAAAAUCGGACACAGCUGCCUGUCAAACGUUCACCACCACCCAAACCAAAGGUCAUUGUCCAAAAACCACCACCUGACCUUCUGGUCCAUGAUCAACUAAUAACAGUUCUCAGGAAAGAGGCAUUGGAAUUAAAGCAGCAACUCCAAGAAAAAGAAGAAGUUAUCAUUGGUUUGCGUAAAGACCUUCUUGGAACCUCUGCCCGCUUAUCAGACAUCAAAGGAGAACUGUGUGAAGAAAGCAAAAAGAAGUUAGAACACAGCAAACACUCAAUCAACAUGCAUCAACAAGAAAUGAACAAUCUUAGACAAAAACUGGCAGCCCUGUCACAAGUGAUUGAAGAAAAAAAAGAACAUAUAAAAAGAUUACAAACUGAUUUGGAGCGAGAGAAAGGGACAACAAGGAGCUACAAGCAAAACAAUGAUGAUCUCAGUGAGAAAAUUGCAUUAUUGGAAAGAUUUGUAGAGCAAGAGAAAGCAGAAAGAUAUAAAAUUGAUAACUUCAGUGAAAGAGAGGACCAAUAUGCAUCAGAAUUGGCUAAUUUAGGAGCUCAGUGCCGGGGGGAGAGGCAUCACCAAGUGAUUGAACGUCAGCGAGAAGCCCUUGCAGAACUCCGUAAGAAAUUGAAGAUAUUAGAACAGAGCAAAUUCCGUGAGUAG